GCCACAGAGAGAGAGACAGAGACACAGAGAGACACAGACAGGACCAGACAGACGUCCGUUAGCAGUUUAGUCGCCGGUCACUCGGCUGAGAACACGGAACCGUUCAACACGACCCUCAACGGACAUUUAAACUAGUUAGCGCUGAGCUACACGUCCAGCAAAACUACAUUUAACGGCGGUACCGACACUUGCACGGUACGCCGAGAGAUAAAUAAAUAGAUUUCGGAGGAAGAGGAGGAGAAACCAGAGAGAGGAGGAGGAGAGAACCGAGACAGGAGGAGGACGGACGGACCGGAGGGGAAGGAGAGGAGGCUGGAGAGAAAAGAGAAAAGGGAGGAUUUUUUGGGGGGAGUUUGGUGUGUCCUUUUUUCGCUCUCCUCUCCUUCUUCUUCUUUCUCUUCUAUCUCAGCCUUUUCCUCCCCUCGUCGUCCUCUCCUGGAGCAUUAAUGUGUCAUUUUAGGAGGCUUUAAAUGUUGAACUUGAUGGGUGUUUUAAACGCCACCGCCGCCAAUGUCUCCUGUACUUGUAACUGCAAGCGCUACACCUCCCUCCAGAGCAUGGAAAUCACCCAGCUGGAGUUCGUCCAGAUCCUGGUGAUCGUGGUGGUGAUGAUGGUAAUGGUGGUGGUCAUCACCUGCCUGCUGAACCACUACCGCCUGUCAGCACGCUCCCUCCUUUCCAGACACGCCCCAGCACGCAGGAGACACCUGCCACUGGCCAACGAGGGAUGUCUGUGGUCUUCUGAGGGUACGGGGACCAGCAGUGGUCUGAAUGAGCACCAGGUGUAUAACCCACGCCCUCCAGACAGAGGAGUCCCCUCGUCCUACCUGCAGCGGGAGCCUCAGCAUGCCCAGUCCCAGUCCCAGUCCCAGCCACCCCUCCAGUCCCAGCGCUUCCAGCACACUUACGCCCCUACUCGCUUUCAGCCGACGUACCCCUACCUGCCCCAGAGCCUCAUCGAUCUCCCCCCCACCAUAUGCCUCUCAGAUGGGGAGGAACCCCCGCCUUACCAGGGCCCCUGCACCCUGCAGCUUCGAGACCCGGAACAGCAGAUGGAGCUGAACCGCGAGUCGGUCAGAGCGCCGCCCAACCGAACAGUGUUCGACUCCCACCCCCUCGACCCAUCCAGCUCCUGUCUGCAGGCCAGACUGCAGGCCCCUCCUCCGAGCGUCCACUCAGGCGUCAGUGUGUUAGAAGCCCAGGAGGCCUUGUCCCGGCACCAGAAGCAGGGCUCUCGAGUAGAAGGAGCUCCGCCAACCUACAGCGAGGUGAUCGGGCACUACUACCACCCGACGUCCCUGACCCCCAGCCACAACAGUCGGACUGUGUCGUCCUCACAAGCACCGCCGUCCUCGUUCAUACACGGCCUGCUCCGACCUCCGCCUCAGCAGCAGGGAAGUGUGGACAACAGGAACACGAGGAAUACGAAGGAGAAGUCCCAGAAGCCGCAGCAGGUGUGACAGUACUGCUUCCUUAUUCCUAGCCUGUGGGAAAACCAGGAUUUUUUUGUCUGCUCGCGACUUGGGAAGUGGUCAGUAGUCAAUGAGGAACAACCUGGUGAAUAGUAACACCCCUCUGAAUGGUUUAAGGGCUGGUUAGUCGUAGUUGUAGUCCCACUUCACGGAUCGGGCUAGGACUGGGAAGAAGCGCACGCUGGCUUCUCGUCAAGAACACCUGGAAGCCACAUCGCUCCUGCAGAGCACAGUUGCAGGAGAAAAUCUGGUACUUCCUGUUCCACGGCUUCUUACUUCCUGUCUGAGGAGCACUUCAGAUGAAUCGAUGAUGAUGUCAGAGAAGAAGGGCAGAAGGUGCAAAGGGAAGGGCGGCUACAGAAGCCUCCUCCUUCUUCCCUAACGCCACCUCGUCCCUUCUCUACUGGACUGAUCUAACUUCAUUCAUAUAAAUAUUUACUUGUUCUGUUUGUUUCUAUAGAACCUUUUGUUUGUUUGUUUGUCUUUUUCGCGCUUACAGAAAAUCUUUCUAUUCAGGCAAAUGGCGAAACGUUGCAAUCUUCUUGGUUCUUAAAGGUUUUGUUUUGUCCUGUAGUGAUAAUCCCCUCUCGCUGCUUUGACUCCGUUUAGUUCUGUUUCACGUUCACGACUGCAUCGGCGGCGACUCCUGCACUGGGCUUUAGCUGUAUCACUGGGACGUGUUAGCACGUUAGGAUAUUUCCAGAAAGAGUUUAGAUAUAGUUAGCUUUAUCUUAAACUAGCUUACCAGUCGUAGCACAGUGCUAAUUGUCCCCAAGCUAAAGGUUUCUGCCUUAUAUCGACCAACAGAUGCAGGAGUUGCCGCUAAAAUCCUUUUUAGUUUUUUUAUCUUAUGUUUUCUAAAGAAGGUUUGCACAAGACAGUUCACCACAGAAAAAGAAUCCGCAAUAUGAUUGACGUAAGAGAGAAAACAGAGAAAGUAGGGGUAUUUUUCUAAACUUGAUAGAUUGUUACGAGAAAAGAUGUUUUUUUUCUGUUUUUAUAUGUUGUCUAGUUUUAGAAAAAGAACAUCAUUGAUCUGUUGCCAACUUUCACGUUGAACAUUUUGUUGCAUACAUGUUAUUACAUUUUGAGUAUAUAUACACACAUGUAUGCAAACCGAGAGCGAACUUAAAAGCACGAAUUUAGAGUUAUUUAUAUAAUUGCUGAAAAGAAUUGCACUAUUUUUUAGUAUGCGCAGAUGGAACGUGUGAGAGAGACUUUUAUUGUGAAGGAACUCUGUGUAUUGAGGCGUAAACAGAAUGAGAGACCUGAAACCAUGGGGACUCACCAGAGGGUCGGACCUGCUCGGUGCACAGCGACCUAUCACAACAACAUAUCACGGGGAGAUUGGUUCAACGGACUCGGAUCAACCAUUACUGUACCAUUGAUAUAUAAAAAAACAAAUCCCUCAUUUAUGCAAACAUCCAAGUCCUGCGAGCUAAGCGCAAGUCAGCGUUCAACCUGUGGGCCCAAUCAGAAACUCUGCUUGUAGCUCUCUCUGUCUCAUCCUAUUGGCCGAAUCGUUUGCCAAUCCCAAAGCUGGCUGUCACUACCUCGACCAAACGAGCCAAGCACAGUUCGCUCACGUUGAUCAGACUCUGUCACAUCGAUCAGACGUCUGAACCAAUCACGACAAUGUGUAAUGUAACAGUAGAGUAGAGUAGGAUGUAGUCGAGUUUUUAAUCCUGCUGUGUGUUAUUUUAUUCGAAUGUCAGAAUUUUUGUUCGUCGGGUGAAAAGAGAGAGACACAAUGCAGACCUAGUGACACCUAACGCCCCCUCUGUAGUACACUACAGAGGAGCCAGGUCACCCUACAGGCCCUAAAUGAGUGAUACGCUGACUGUGCACCGCUGUGGCCACACACACACACACACACACACACACACACACACAUUAGACCAACAUGUUUGGUCACAAACACCUCCAGUUUCAUCUUUCCUGCCUUCGCAACACACACAGUCUCCUCUGGUGAGUCUCUUCUCUUGCAGGCAUCUCUGAGCACUUUACUGCAGCAGGAACGAGACAACAAUCUUCGGUCAGCCAGCGUCAGACGAUAAAAACUACGGUAGAGCCCUUUAAUAUUCUAGGUUAGAUUCCCCGACCUUUAGAGCCACGAUUUUAAAAGAUGCAAAGUGUUGUGGUCCGAAACUUUAAAUAUCCUUAAAGUGAAAAACAAAUUCUAACUAUUACAACAUUUUUGAUGCCUUACUUUGAGAAAUAAAGAAGGGUUUUGCCACAAAAUCCUUCUUUAUUUCUCAAAUGUUAAAUUUUCUUUAUACAAGCAGCAGUACAAGAAUUUUGGUCAAGUAAAAUACAGUAUGAAAUUGGCAAAAACUUUUAUCAAAGUUAGGAACUACCUUAUCAAAGAAUUAGUGAAAAAAUGUCAAGGUUCAAUACUCAGUUGAAGUAAUGACUUUGAACGACUUCUAGCAGCAUAGUAUUUUUCUUUUGGAUAUUUCACUUUUGGAGCAGAACUCUUUGCGCGCUGAACGCAGCACGAGAUGGGUUGUCGCAAACUAGGCACGCCGAAGUGUUGAAAAGUGACACGAGUGUUAAUAGCAACUCGUCUCGUGUCGUCUCUUCGAGAGCGUGGAACUAAAGGUCGAGCUUUAGCUUACUGAUGUAGAAGAUUAGAACAUAUUUGUAGUUUUGUCUUUUAGUUGUUUCUUGUGUAAAAGUGUUCGAUGGAGCCUCCACUCUGAAGUUGAACUAUUAUCGAUGUGAAGGCGCCCUUUAGAGUCCAGCCUUUAUGCAACAGCGCCCUCCACAGGGACCGAACCAAGCCGCAGCCAAAACUCCUGAAGCUGAAUCCGCUUAACUUUUCAGCCCGAGGAGAGGAGAGAGUCAAAAGGCCAAAAAAAAAAAAAAAGAUAUUGUAUAAUUUUUUUUAAUCUGAUACGGUGAAUCCUGAAAUCCUUUGUCUUUUCUUUCACAUGUGUCAUCAUAACGUCAGAGUUUCAGAGCGAAACAUCUGGUUGUCUGAGAGAUAAAUCCUGGUGAUCUUUAAAAACCUUUAACAGCACUUGCCUCUGUUUUGAAGUUCCAGAAUCCUUAAAGAGUCUUUUAACCAUCUUGAUAAAAAUUCAGUCGCUGUGCUAUUGUGCAGCAGAUUUUAUCUAGUUUGUCUGUAAGUUUUCUGGAAAUACAUUAUCCUCAAAACACAUUGUGGUGUGUGCUCACCGCUGUCUGGGUUUGUUAAAAGAUUUUCAGUUAUUUGCCCUUCAGAAAAACAGAUGCUCAGCUCUGUGACUCGACUGUAGCUCUUCUUAAACAGCAAUCACCCUCAUUAUUUUUGAUUUUUCUUUUUACAUAGCAAAACCAGUUCUUCCCCAGAUAAACAGAGAACAACUACAUCAGGUUGACAAAUAAUCAAAAGCGAUUCACCUGUCUCUCUUUCUCCUUUUGUUCCUGUGCUGAUCUGCCAUAUUUUAUUUAAUGACGAGCACUUAAAGAAAAAAAAUCAUGAUAUAAAGAAAUUAAUCUCUUGACCCAAAGCAGCUAAAGGAGCAAUGAGUGGAUCAAUCAAAGUGUGAAUCAACUUUGACCUUAGAUUGAGAUUACGGGCCCGGUUCCGACACAAGUCUCGAUAACUUGACCCUCUCUUUCCUUUUCUUUCCUCUUCCCCUCUGCCAGUAUUAUACUCGUGUUUGGACCGGGCUGUUCCCUUUUUCAAAAUGGUUCGGUUCCCUGCCCUGGAGGGUUUGCAGCGGGUAUGAGAAGGCUGAAUCGGCUCUGAUCAGGGCGCCACAGUAGAAUAAACGAUAGUAGUGAUUAAUCUAAUGUAGAAGUAAAACAGUGUAGGAUCAAUCUCUCACUUCAGGGAAAACUUGCGCUGGCUGACGACACAAAAAGAAAAGACAGGAGGGGAGAGGAGGGGAACACAAAUCACACAUUUAGUCACACAGAUGAAAUGAUUAUACUGUAUAUAUGCUGCUUAUACACCACACACUGCCUUCACUUACACGCUGGUGUGUUUACAUGCAGAGACAACAGAUUUACAGCCCUUUAGUUCUUUAAUAACUGUAAGUUCAGCUUAAAGGGUUGCUUCUUUAUUUUUCAACCCGGAUCCUAUUUGACAUGUUUAAAGCGACUAAUGGAGAGAAAACAUUUCCAGUUGGUCCAGUGUUGAGAAAAAGUGCUGCAGCCGGCGGCAAAACAAGCUGCAGUGUAAACGCUCAGGGCAUUUGUGCACCUUUACGUCCACUAAGAGUGUUUGUUUUGCUACUGACAGACUCAGAUUAUGAUUGUGUAAUAAGUGCCUGACAGUAUUAUAGAAACAGUCCCUACAGAGAGAGACCUGUUUGUUGAAGAUAAAAAUCCUUUUUUUAAACCAGAAACAGCCCCAGAGUUGGUCCCGUCAAACCCACCAGACUCCAUUUAAAUAAAGAGUAAUUUAAGCGUGUAUAGAGGCAGCGCAUUUUAACAUCUAACUGUGCAAAUUAUUAUGAUUAAGGGUUUAUUUUAACCCAACUGGAGUUAGUGAUUGUUGGAACAGUGCGAAGACAAAGCAAAAUGGCUUUUUUGUGUUUAAUUUUGUCUCAGUUGACAUUGGAUGAAGUUUGUUUUAUGAUAUUAAAAUCCCUGUUUAUUUGAAUGGAGUCUGGUGGGUUUGGCGAGGGCUAUUUCAGGGCUGCUUGUGGUUAAACAUGAAGGUAGAUCUCUGUUGGGAUCCUUUCAAUAAUGUUGUCACACUUAGAAUAACAAUCUGAGCCUGUCAGAUGUGGAUGUAAGGUGACAUUGCACGAUUGCCCCAGGUUGUUAUGUUGCAGCUGGUUAUACUGGUAAUACUGGACCAAUUAAAAAACCAUUCGUCUUUUUGGUCACUUGACACAAUAUGAUGGAAAAAUAUGGUCCAGGUUGAAAAAUACUUCAGCAACCCUUUAAGCGGAGUCGAUUGAGUGAAACCCACAUUAGCUGUCGGUCACGUCUGAAACCAAUCAUGUCUCUGUCUCCUAAAAUGUGUCCAAGUCAGUAAUAAUCUGUUUGAACUGGUCACACACGUCUCUUUGCUUUAAGCCAGCGUGAAGGCAGAGUUACAGCAGUGUUUUUGUAAAGUCAGCGGACUUUUCCCAGAGCAGAGUGUGUGUGUGUAUGUGUGUGUGUGUGUGUGUGUGUGUGUGUGUGUGUGUGUGUGUGUGUGUGUGUGUGUGCUAUUAAUGUACACUGAUUUGCCCUGGGAAAGACCUCCAGCUGUCUAGACAAAAACUAAACACACUCACGCAGAGCAGACUAAACAAACUUACCUAAGAACCAGACCUUGCACACACACAGGUGCACCUUCAUUCAUGCACACACUCUUAUUGUGGACCACACAAGAUAACAAAAACAUUUAUCUAACACACACCUGGCCCUCACCCUCCUCCUCCUCCUCCUUCUUCCUCCUGUCUCAACGAGCUCUUCCUGUUCCCUAGAGAUGCCUGCUGUCCAAUGACAGAGCUCCUCUCAGACCGGCCCUCGCUGCCAUUGGCUGUCUGUCCGUCGGUCUCCGUGGAAACGUUCAUGUAUUAUUGUUGCUAUGUCGUACAAGUGUGCCUGCCUGCGCUGAGACGGGCGAAACGUGAGUGGCUAGUUUGGGCUGUCAAUCAUCCCGGGCCACGCCUCCUUACUGUCUCAGAUGAUGAUGAUGAUGAUGAUGAUGAUGAUUGGAUGAUGAUGAUGAGAUUGAGGAUGAUGAAGAUUGAUGUUUUUGAUAGUGAUGCCGCAGAGAGCGUUGCAAUACACCUACUAUUUGCCUUUUUGAUAUUAGUCAUUUUAACGUAGUGUGCUAAGUGUAAAGUUUUUUAUUGUUGUUGUUAUUGUUGUUGUUUAUUCACUUGAGAACAAAAAAAAGGUCAUUUUACUUCAA